ACCUGGGUGGGGUGUGACACAGCCACUCUCCUGUUGCCCAGCUCCGCCUGGAGAGCAGGGCGCAUCCACACCAAGCCAGCCACAUGCCCUCCCCAGCCCAGGGCAGCCCAGCCAUGCGGGAGAUUGCCACUGCCGAGCCCAAGGACCAGCAGUUCGUGGUAGCCCUUCGAAUCCGCCCUCUCAAUGAUGCAGAGCUGGAGGAAGGAGCCACCAUUAUUGCUCACAAAGUAGGAGAUCAGAUGGUGGUGCUCAUGGACCCCAGUGAGGACCCCGAGGACAUGCUGCGCACCCACCGGUCCCGGGAGAAGACUUUCAUAUUUGACACAGUUUUUGACCAGCACGCAUCCCAGGAAGAUGUAUAUUGUGCUACCACCCAGCACUUGGUGGAAGGUGUCAUUUCUGGAUACAACGCAACAGUGUUUGCCUAUGGCCCCUCAGGUGCUGGGAAGACCUACACCAUGCUGGGCAUGGAUGCAGAGCCUGGCAUCUACCUGCAGACCCUCACCGACCUCUUCCAGGCCAUUGAGGAGACCAGCGACAACGUGGACUACAGCGUGUCCAUGUCUUACCUUGAGAUUUAUAACGAAGUGAUCCGGGACCUUCUGAACCCGUCCUCAGGGUUUCUGGACCUGAGGGAAGAUUCUCGUGGCAGCAUCCAGAUCGCAGGCAUCACGGAGGUCUCCACCUCGAAUGCCCAGGAGAUCAUGCAGCUGCUCACCAAAGGCAACCGGCAGCGCACCCAGGAGCCCACGGCCACCAACCAGACCUCAUCACGCUCCCAUGCCGUGCUGCAGGUCACUGUGCGCCAGUGGAGCCAUGGCACAGAGCUGGUGGAGGCUGUGCGCAUUGGGCGGCUCUUCAUGGUGGACCUGGCUGGCUCGGAGCGGGCGUCCCAGACCCAGAAUCGAGGCAAAAGGAUGAAGGAGGGUGCACACAUCAACCGCUCCCUACUGGCGCUGGGCAACUGCAUCAACGCGCUCAGCGAGAAGGGUGGCAGCCGGGCACAGUAUGUGAAUUUCCGAGACAGCAAGCUCACGCGCCUGCUGAAGGAUGCCUUGGGAGGGAACAGCCGGACGGUGAUGAUCGCUCACAUCAGCCCCGCCAGCACACACUUCGAGGAAUCACGAACCACACUGAUCUAUGCUUACAGAGCAAAGAACAUCAAGACAAGGGUCAAGCGCAACCUACUAAAUGUCUCCUACCACAUCACCCAGUACACGGAUGUCAUCUCUGACCUGCGCAGGGAGAUCGAGCACCUCAAGUCAAAAACUGAGAAGCAGGAGAAAGAGAAGAGGAGCAAGCCCAACACCCGGGAUGCCCAAGUCACGAUCCCCACACAUGACACCGAGGAGGAGAGCCGCCAGCAGAUGAACAAGAUUCGGGCCCAGCUUAUCGGGGCCUUCAAAGAGCAAAUGGAGAUGAGGCGCAGUCUGGUGGAACUUGAGAACACCAACAUUGAGCUGCACAUUGACACCUCCCGCCACCUGCUGACCAUUGCGGACUGGGAGCGAGAGAAGACCCACCACGUGCACAGGGAGCGGCCCAAGCCUGAUGGUGACAAUGAGCUGCUGGAGGCCGAUGCAGAGGGUGACGAAGGCGAGUCUGUGGAGCCACACGAGGUGGCCCUAGCCAGAGAGGAGAUCAAUAUGCUUCUAGCUGAGCAGCGGAAAACAGCCGCCCUCAAGAGCAGGACCCAGCCUAGGCCUGGUGUCAGAGUCAUGACUGGACCUGGGGCUGCGGAGGCAGUGCGCAGGGCAGAGAAGCCAGUGGCCAUGGAGAUGGGCGCGGGGCUGGAGCAACGCCUGGCAAACGCCAAGAAGAAGGCCUCACAGAUGGAGAAGCUGCUGCCCAUGCAGGUCAUCAACGAGGACCAGCGGGAGGUGCUGCGGCUGCUGUGCCAUGCCCAUGAGCUGGAGGUGGAGAACACGGAGCUGCAGGCCAGCAACCUGUACCGGCAGAACCUGCUGUGCCAGAAAGACUUCAUCAUCCAACGCUACCACCAGCACCGGCUGCUCUGUGAGCAGAUCAUCCAGGACCAGCGGCAGCUCAUCCAGGAUGGCAGACUCCCAGUUCCAGACCCCCUGGACAAGCAGUACCGCAUGUACUCGCAGGAGCUGGAUGAGGGCACGCUCAACCACCUGCUGCUUCUUCACUCGCUGAUGGCCAGCGCCCUUCGCGAUGGCUCUGUGCUGAAUGUAUCUCCCCUGCCAGAGGAUUCCAGCCGAGACCAGCCCAGUGACAGAAAGGACCUCCCAUGGGGCGCCCAGUUUGAGCCGCCACCGAUGCUGCUAGAGACAGACAAUGAUGGUUACAAAUCAUCGAAAGCCACACCCUCUAAGAAGCUGGGGAAGCAGGACUCUCUUCUCCCCCUGUCGUCCCUCCGCGACCUGGUGACCCCUCCAGUUCAUGAGAAGCCGAGCUCCCUGAGCUUGAAGGACCUGGUCUCCAAGCUGUGCUCGCCAGCCAACCUGGACCUGAACACUCCACAGGCAGUGACAGAGGCUGGGGGCCUGGCCCUAAGUACCCAGGCCCUGAAGGAGAUGGCCGUGAGCACCAAGAGCAUCGCCCUCAUUGCAACCACCCGGCGCUCCAAGGUGCAGGACCAUGAGGGCAGCUGCAACCACUCCCCCCACCACCUCCCAGUGGAGGGAGCCCUGCACUCCAGGGAUCAGAAGCCCAGCGUCACCCCAAACUCUAGCCCAGCAGGAGACAGGUGGCAGCCCCAUGCCAGCCCAUGCAGAGACCACUCCAUGGAGAGGAAGGCCCAGAAGAAGCGGUUGCCCUCCCUCACCUGGGGCAUGCAACUGGCAACGGAGAAACUUCAGCCCUCCUCCAUGGAGCAUUUGGUGGAGAGUCAGCCACCCCCUGCACUGCCCCCUCAGCUGUCCAAGUCCAGAAAGAGCUUUUUCCCAGCUGUCCCUGCAGCGUCCAAGAUAAAACCCAGCCUCAGUCUCCACGCAGAUGAGAACACGCUCCAUAUGCCUGAGGUCAGCUUCACCUUCCCCCGCACCACGUGGCAGAGCAGUGCAGGCCUGAGCAGGGUGCCCGUUCUGCCCCGGGACAUCCGAGGGUCAACAGACAGCAGAGGCCAGCGACACAGCCUGCUGCCCCCCAGCAAUCCCCUCAAGCACCAGGGGGGCAGCGCCAAGAGGCCACGGAGACUGAAAUAA